CCGCCUGUUUUGUCCCUCCUGCCUCGCCGUAGAAGACCUUCAAAAACGGCUAUGUGUUUGGGAGGGAAUGAGUCGUCUCUCGGUGACUACAGUUCCAUUUUGUAUUUGAACGCACGUUUCCAAGGACGCGUCCAACUUGAUUUAGCAACCUCUUUACGUCUUUUAUGUCGUAGUCUGUCGCCUUAAAGCUACUUUUGCGCUUCUCGGGGCGGCUAAGCUAGCUAAAACGCAGCAACCACCAACACAAGACGACAGCCGUGCUGUGUGUUCGACGUCACAUGAUUAUUAGUAUUAUUGAUUAGUAGUCAUUGUGUUUAUUGAUUGGCGUCAUGGCGGCCGCGCAGGGCGAGUCGAGGAAGCGGAGCAAGAAGUACUUUGGGGUCGGCGGACACCACCACGGUAAACGCUGGAGGGGGUCCAGGGAGCUGGAGGUGGGCAUGCAGGGCAUCCUGAUCACUUGCAACAUGAACCAGAGGAAGUGCACCGCCGAGGCCUUCAACUUGCUCAACGAGUACGCUGAUCAACUCUACGGUCCGGAGAAGUUCCAAGAGGAUGAGUGGAGCUGCGGUGAGGGAGAUGUGGACGAUGCGCUGAGGAGGGAAGUGGCACACCUGAAUGCGCCCCCGGGUAAACAAGAGCGGCGUUUCCAGGCUCUGGAGAGCGGGGCCAACAACGUCAUCUUCAUCAGAACUCACAAUCUGGAGUCUGACAAGCUGGUUCAUCACAUCCUGUCGGACCUGCACGCCACCAAGAAGAAAAAGACUCGCAUCAUCCUUCGAAUGCUGCCGGUGACGGGGACGUGCAGGGCCUUCCCAGAGGACAUGCUCAGGUACCUGACCACUUUCCUGGAACCCUGGUUCAAGAAGCCCAACCAUGCCACCUACCAGGUCGCCUUCAAGGCCCGCAACAACAACCACAACAAGAGGGAUGACGUCAUCAAAGCCAUCGCAGGCCUGGUGGGGAAGAUGAACUCCAAGAACAAAGUGGACCUGACCAAGCCAGAGCUCACCAUCAUCGUGGAGGUCAUCAAGGCGGUGUGCUGCAUCAGCGUGGUCCGAGAAUACACGCUCUACAGGAAGUACAACCUGCAGGAAGUGGUUAAAGAUGACGCCCCCAAGACGGAUGAUGCCACCACGGCCGAGCCUGAGAAGGAAGGCGACAAAACUGAGGCAGGAGACGAGGAAAGCGACGCAGUAAAAGUACAAAAGAAGGAAAAUGAAGCAGUACAAGAAGAAGACAAGGAAUGCGGUGCAGUAGAAUUAGAUGACAAGGAAAGUGACGCAGUAGAAGGGAAGGAAAAUGAUGCAGUUGUAGAAGACAAGGAAAGUGACGCAGUCGACGUAGAAAAGAAGGAAAAUGACGCAGUAGAAGAAGAAAAAAAGGAAAGCGACGCAGUAGAAGAAGCAGCAGAGGAGGAGGAGGAGAAGUCUAGUGAAGAAGAUAUGGAUGAAGACGAUAAGCCACAGGACUGUAAGGAUGUUAAGGGUGAUGGAGAGUGAGGUUGUGUGUCUUUUUGUAUCAUAAGGAAGGCUGCUGUUGUUAAAAAUCCACAGCCAAUCAAAUGAGUUUCGCAAAAUAAUGGCAUGUGUUUUUAUUACUAAUUAUUUAUGCAGUUUUCAACCAUCCAGCAGCUUUUAAAAAAAAUCAUUUUUUCCCUUUUCUUUGAAUUUUGCAGGUUAUCUUGUGCCACAUUUCUGUAAAUUUCCUCAAUUAAAAGUCAGCCUGUGUGUGUGUUUUGGCGCCUUUAUAAUGAGCGUUUAAUGUUUGACGGAUCACGGCAGUGCUCCGCCACACCACCAGGUGGCGCCACUGCUGCACAGUCGCCACACGAACGCCACCAUGUUAAGGGAUGAUGGGAUUAUUUGACGUGAAGUUGUAUGACAUCCCCAUCAGCAGUGUAGUGAAUCAACAGUGAGUUACCCCUCACUUUGUUCCGUAAGUGGAGAUCGGGUUAAUUGCUGGGGUCACUUAAGUCAAGAAUUUGGCUGCUGCUACGCGAGAGUUUCCCGUCGCAGCGUCUCCAUCCGCGUAUGGAAACACUGGAACACACAAUGGACAUGCGAGAGUGCGUCGUGAUAAGAACAGAGAGGAAAUGGCGCCGAGCGGCUGAGAGGUCUGACUUUUUUGUUAGCAAGUUUUGUUUUGCAAAUGUAUUACUCUUUUGAACGAAUAUUGUAUUCAGAGGCAAAACUCUUGACUUGAGUGACCCCCCCAGCAACUAACUGGAACUACUUUCCUCCUCACGGAAAUCCGACCAGGGAACAAAGUGGACUGUAAAGUAACUUACUGUAGUUCACUGUUGAUGGGGAUUUCAUACAGCUUCAUGUAAAAAAAAUCCGAACUAAACCUUUUUAAACCGUACAUGGUCAUGAGGAAAAUCACAUCUCUCCAGAUGUUGCUUGCUUGCUUUUAUUUUGAAAAUAUCUCAUGUCACUUAUCGGUCUAUAAGCAGCCAUAUUGUCAGUGAAAGGAAGUAAGAGUACAGUACAGUAUUAUGAUUGCGAUACAUAAAAAUGGCUAUUACGAUUUGUACUGAGGUAUAUGGACAACAACUUGAUUAAUUUGCUUAUUUGUUGACUUUAAAAUGUUAAUUGUACAUUAAAUUGAAAUGACAAAUAUUUUGAGAACAUAAGCAUAAUGGUAAAUGUUAGCACUGUCAUGUUAGUGGAAAUGCUAAGGGCUAAUAUUAGCACAUAUUAUAUUGUGUGUGCUGACAAAUGGGCAGAUUAGCUGUGUUCGUCUUGAUUGUUGUAAAACCUUAUUUGCAGUGUUUGGGAUAAUUUAUAAUAAUAUAAUAACUAAACAUGGCUGAACAGUGACACUUAAGGCUGAAUUGUGCGACAGGUAGUGGUAGUUUCCUGUUAUAACUGGUGGGCAUACGGGCUGAGCACGUGACUUAAUUCUCCACCAGAACGCUCGGAGGCAGAUUUUCACUUAACAGCUCUUGUUGAUGAGCCUUUUGGCUUCAUGUGUCGUAGUAGUGAACAAUGGCGACUGAAAGUGACAUCCGUCACUUGAACUGCAUGCUCCUCAAUUUACUCCAUUGUGUCUUCUGCUUUGGCUGACUUUUUGGGGUCUUAACGGGAGGGCUUUUUUGAGAGGUGGACGCCAAGCGCCGCCGGAGGCUUUGUCGCCGUGAAGCAGUAGUAAAACAGCUUAAAGUUGCGAUUGUUUGCUAUUUAUGACUUUGAACAACACCAGGGAUGCAAAUCUCUUUGUGGUAGACAGUUCAUUACACAUCUGCCGCAUGGUUUAAGAGACAGACCAAGCGGUUGCCCAGGGACACAACGGAAGUGACUGGAUGGAGGGCGCGAGGAUCGAACCGCCAACCUUCCGGUUUCUGGACAACCUGCUCUAAACUGCCGCCCCUCCAGAUUCCCAAAAAUGUUAACACAAAACACAUUUUAUAGACAGUAAUUAUAGUUUUACAUGCACAAAAUAAUGCAAAAAAUAUAAUGCUCCAAAAAAUAAAGGGAACACUAAAAUCACAUCCUACAUCUGAAUGAAUGAAAUAUUCUUACAAAAUAUUUUGUUCUUUACAUAGUUGAAUGUGUUGACAACAAAGUCACACAAAUUUAUUAUUUUCUUUAUCUAUCCAUCCAUCCAUUUUCCAUCCGCUUAUCCAGGUCCGGGUCACGGGGGCAGCCGUCUCUGUGGGGAAGCCCAGACUUCCCGGUUCCCGGCCACCUCCUCCAGCACUAUUGGGAGGACACCGAGGCGUUCCCAGGCCAGCUGUGAGACAAUCCUUCCCUCACUCGUGAACAAGAUCCCGAGAUACUUGAACUCCUCCACCUGGGGCAGGACCUCAUUCCCAACCUGGAGGGAGGGAGCAAUCCACCCUUUUCCAACUGAGAACCAUGGCCUUAGAUUUGGAGGUGCUGAGUUUCAUCCCAGAAGCUUCACACUCAGAUGCAAACCACCCCAGUAAACACUGGAGGUCACAGCGCGAUGGGCUAGUGGUCUGGUGGGCUAGUGGUUAGCAUGUUGGCCAACAGCCUGGAGAUCAGGAAGACCUGGGUUUGAAUCUCCCUUGGGCAUUUCUGUGUGGAGUUUGCAUGUUCUCCCCGUGUGUGCGUGGGUUUUCUCCGGGUACUCCGGCUUCCUCCCACAUUCCAAAAACAUGCAUGUUAGCUUCAUUGGCGACCAUAGGUAUGAAUGUGAGUGUGAAUGCUUGUUUGUCUAUAUGUGCCCUGCCAUUGGCUGGCCACCAGUCCAGGGUGUACCCCGCCUGUCGCCCGAAGUCAGAAGGCUCCAGCAUGCCCCCUCGACCCUAAAGAGGAGAAGUGGUAUAGAAAAUGGAUGAGAUCCUAAGGCCACUGAACUGGACUCCCUCGAUGCCUUGGCUGCACAUAGAAAUUCUGUCCAUGAAAAUUAUGAGUGGGUGACAAAGGGCAGCCUUGGCGGAGGCGAACCAGGCUCCUGCUCCGGUUGUACAAGGACCGAAUGGCACGUAGCAGCGUGCCACCAAUCCCGUACACCCCAUAGGACACUGUGAGGGACACGGUCGAAUGCCUUUUCCAAGUCCACAAAGCACAGGUAGACCGACUGGGCAAACUCCCAAGUACCCUCCAGUACCCUUGCAAGGGUGUAGAGCUGGUCCAGUGUUCCACAACCAGGACGAAAACCACAUUGCACCUCCUGUAGCCGAGGUUGGACUAACGGUCGUACCCUUCUCUCCAGCACCCUGGAAUAGACUUUCCCAGGGAGGCUGAGGAGUGUGAUCCCCCUUUAGUUGGAACACCACCCCGGUCUGCCAAUCCAAAGGUACUGUUCCCAACUUCCACGCAAUGUUGAAGAGACGUGUCAGCCAAGACGGUGACUCAACAUCCACCCAUAUUUUUAAAAUUUAUUAUUUGUAUUUAUUUUCAUUUACAUUUUAUUUAGAUUCAUUUACAGUAUUGCAGGGGCGCUACAGCCACGUAACUUCUGCCUUCAUUCAGCAUGUAUAUGAUCGCAAGCAGCUCGCGAUCCUACAACAGGAAACAGGCAGUCCUACAUGAAGGAGAUUGAUUGACAAUGGUCUACAGCCAACACAAGGGGCGGCUUCUGAGCCAAUCAGGACUGUUGUGGCGCUACCUGUAUAUUUACUGAGACAACUUCAAAGCGACUUCAACUCUCACAUGAGUAUACAACACCCUCUACUGGCAGCAGUAGUAAAUACAACAACAGACACAUGCAACACAGCACCGAUAGAUCACUCUAAUACACCACAAGGAAGCAGAACGCAAUGUAAAUUGCAGAUGUUGCAGCGGGCAUCCCUCAUGACCGAGGGCCCUCGUCUGUGUGGUAACAGCUGGGUUCUUCAACAGGACAACGCUGCAGUUCACAAUGCUGGCUUGACCAAGGACUUCUUCAGGGAGAAUAACAUCACUCUUUUGGACCAUCCUGCAUGUUCCCCUCAUUUAAAUCCCAUAGAGAACAUUUGGGGAUGGAUGGCAAGGGAAGUUUCUAAAAAUGGCCAUCAGUUCCAGACAGUUGAUGCCCUUGGUGAAGCCAUCUUCACCAUUGGAGCAAUGUUCCCACUAGCCUCCUGGAAACACUCCCAUCAAGCAUGCCCAAAGCCAUUUUGGAAGUGAUGAACAAGAACGGUGGAGCUACUCAUUACUGAGUCCUACUGAGAACAUUUUUGGUUCUGGUUUGGAGAUUUUGUUGUUCUUUUUUGAGCAAUGGUCUUAAACUUUU